AUGUUGACAUUCCUACUCUUUGCCCUCCCGGCCGCCGCGCAGCUGUCUGGCGCCGUCGGCCCCACGACUUCUUAUGCCUCCAAGGCGGCUAACAAGGUCUGCAACAUCGUCGACUACGGUGGCUUUCCCGGAAAUGGCACAGAUAUCGGCCCCGCCUUGUCAUCUGCUUGGAGCGACUGUGCCAAAGGCGGACUGGUGUAUAUCCCACCGGGUAACUUCUCCAUGGCGACGUUUCCAGCGCUGAAGGAUGGUGUCUCGUCGGCCGUACAACUAGACGGGGUGGUUCAUCGCACUGGGGCCGAGGGCAGUACGAUGUUUUCCUUCCGCAACUGCAAGGACUUCGAAUUCUUCUCGGGUAACUCCCGCGGUGCUAUACAAGGCUAUGGCAACGAGUACUUGUCGCAGGGCGAGUACGGCCCACGUCUCAUGCGCUUCCAGGAGAUGAACAACUUCUCCGUGCAUGGUCUCGCACUAGUCGACUCGCCUGCGUACUACCUCACCCUAGACACGGUCAGCAAUGGCGAAAUCUACAACAUCAUCAUGCGCGGGCCUACUGUUCUUGGGGGUACUGAUGCGAUUGACGUCUGGGGAGAAAACGUGUGGAUUCACGACGUCGAGGCAACCAACGGCGAUGAGUGCGUGACGGUCAAGAACCCUUCAUCCAACCUCUUGGUUGAGAGCGUUUACUGCAACCUCAGCGGUGGAAUGGCGAUUGGCUCCCUCUCCACGGGGACUGAUAUCCAUGACAUCCACUACCGACACAUCUAUGCGAACGAUGCGGACCCAUGCUUCAUCAAGUACAAUGGGGGCAAUGGCACGGUCAGAAACAUCGUCUGGGACACGGUCACAGUCCGUGGGGGCGCUUAUCCGCUGUCGAUCGAUUCCAGUUGGGGAUCAGCACACGACGGAGAUGGAGUGGAGAUUACCAAUCUCACCUUCAAGAACUGGCAUGGAUACAAUUCGGACAAUGCACGUCCGGCCAUUCGAUUGCAGUGCGGAUCCGAGGUACCAUGCACCGAUAUCAGUCUUGAAAAUGUGAUCAUGUUCAGCGAGGAUGACUACGUCGUCUACGCUUGUGAGAAUGCCUAUGGAAAGGGUGCAUGCUUGGAAACGGCCUCGACCGCUGCCGCGACCGGUUAUACCGCACAUCAGACGAUGACAUCUAUUGGGGUGUAUACCACUACCUGGAUGAUCGAUGAUAUUACCACGGCGAUGCUGGCCAAUACGUCCUAUACCAUCCCUCCUGUGCCAACAAGCUUCUAUCCGGGCCAGUCUCCAUACUCCGCUCUUCUGCACCUGAGCGGACCUGGUGGUCUGGGUGCAGCAAGCUCUUCAGUAUACGCAUCCAGUACAGCUGUGGCAGGAUCGUCAGCACUUCCAUCCAGCACAGGUGUGGCUGCCAGCCAGCAAAGCUCAAGCUCGGCUGCCCCUAGCCAGACUGCUGGCGUUCCUGGUCAAGAAGGACAGACUUCUUGCUCAUCGGAUUACAAGGAACCUGAACACGGUUCAAAGCCCCAUGACCACAAGGCGUUCCAUCUGCAUAAGGGGGGUCACCAACAUAAAGGGGGUCAUCACUAG